GACAAGAAGUAGUUUGGUACCGGGAGGUCAGUUUGGGAGAAUUCUUCGACAAUUUCCUCUAUUGUAGGAGAUAUAACCGCUUCUUUUGGUAAGUUUAUCAAAGUUAAAGAGCUGCAGCUUGUUUUAAAUCGUGAGAACAACGUUGAAAUAUCACCGUAAGAGGUUAAGUAGUGUCCCGGUAACGGUAACGUCGGUACCGGUGUUGUGCCGUAGGAUGCACCCCUGCGUCCCAUUCACUCAUUAGCUUCUGAAUGUUAUUGUUUUCUGCUUAUCUAAAUACCCUGAAUGAAAUUAUUAAAGGCACACGCUUUUAAAUCAAUCCAACGGUUAGGAAAACUCGGAUUAUUUCGCCUCGUGAUGUACUUUAACCGCGCUCUUGUCAGGGGUGCAUUCUACGGCACAACACCGAAAGUUAGCUGAUGUCUGGCUAGCGAAUAACGUACGCCCGCGUUUAGGUUUCGCUCUCUUUAAAGUCUAUAAUGAAGUCACACGAAGCGUUACGAAGAUAAACUGAAACAAACUAGUCGGAAAAAGUGGGGAUGACGAAGAUUUUCAGUAUCAUAAAGUACGCAGAUAUGACAGCGACAUUAUGAGCGAAGAGUUAAGGUCUGCGCUUGCGUACACAUAAACGGAGCUGCUCGGUAAGGGAGCAUUUUUCAACGGAACACCAGCACCGUGCGAGGUAUAACUCAGUUAAUUUAUCAUAAAAAUCGUUGAAAUAUUAUCAUUAUUUUAAUGUUAUAAUAAUAAUAAUAAUAAUAAUAAUAAUAGUGUUUUUAAUUUUUAUUAUUUUUAUUAUUUUUAAUGUUUACACCAGUACAGAGUCCUCUAAUUAAGGCUGCAUGUUAUGGGGAAAAGUGGCGCCGUUUUCUAUCAUUCAUCAUAGAAAUUAAAAGUCAUCCUAGUUUACAGCUGUGAGUACCUGUACCUCAUUAUUCCAGGUGAUAAAGGUGAUGUGUGUUUUUUUUCUGCAGUGUCAGGAUGUUCAGGAAAACCACCUGGAGGAACACGGUCAGCCAAGCAGUGAGUUUCCACCAGGACCAAGCUCUGAACACGACCAUACUCCUCCUCACAUCCCUCGGCCCCACGGGCUUCCUGCUCAAAGAGGAGGGAGAGGACAGGAACUUGAAGGUGACCGUUUCAGAAAUAAUCAAGGAUGUAAAAUGUUUUAGAUUCAUGCUCUGGGAUAACUCUCUUAUGUCUGUCUUGUCCAGGUGUGUUUGGGUGACCCACAUACCUGCACAUGCCCCGUGUUCAUCAGAGAGAAGGAGCCGUGCAAACACAUCUGCUGGUAUCAUAGAGUCACAGAGUGAUGUUAGAUGAUUUCUGUCCAGUGUUCACGUCACAGGCACUGCUGUUGAGAUGUUUGGUUCAUUUAUUUUUUCCAUGAGUGAUUUUAUCUUGUUUUUAGACCCCCUUUUUUGCAUUAAAACUCGCAGUAACAGCUUUAAAAUUAAACUGUCAUUUUUGUCUUUGCAGGGUUUUGCUGCGGAAAUUUAAACUACCCAGAGAACAUGAGUGUGAGUGACGGUCGUCCUCAAAUAAACGCAGCUGUGUCGUCAUAAAAAACCUUUAAAUCAGAGAGAUUAAAUCAGAAGUGCAUGGUGUUUUUUAGAUUGAAACAGCUGACCCAGAUCCUCACCUCUGCUCCAGAUUCGUUCCAGAGUGGACUCGUGGAGAGACAGAUCCUGGAGGUGCUCCAUGGUUUACACCAAACCAAAGUCCAAAGGACGGAAAAUGAUCCAUCAACCACUUCUGGGACACCAAACCAGUCCGGCUCAGGCCGUGAGGCUGGAAGUGUGUGCCGGAAAGCUGUCCAAGCGGAGGAUGUGUGUCCAAUCUGUCAAGAGGAGCUGCUGGAGAAAAAACUGCCCGUCUCUUACUGCAGGUGUUAAAGGCCGGGGUCGGGCCGGGGUCAGGGUCUCACUCUGGUUUUAUUUCACUGGAUAACUCAAACGUUUUAUUCAACUUUAACUGUCCUCUUAACCCCAACAACAUUUAAGGUCUAAUGCAGCUUCAGGUCCUCAGCACAGGUUUGGAGGGGAACCAGCUCAUUUUCUCAGCGGUUUCUGACCGGUUUUCUGCUCCGUGGUUUGUCUUUAAGGUUCGGUUGUGGCAACAACGUCCACAUCUCCUGCAUGAAGGUUUGGGCGGACUACCAGAAACUCUCACAUAAGGAGGAAACAGUGAAAUGUCCGCUGUGCAGGGAGGACUUCAGCUCUAGGAAGCUGCUGCAGGAUCAGGUGAAAAACACGGCAAAGCUUUUUACCGCAGCCGAGAGAGAGAGACCAGAGAGACACCUGGGAGUUUCCUGUCACAGCUGCAGGAUCUGCCCCGUCUCUGGCAAGUGUUACAAGUAAGAAAGCAGAGAAGAAACAGAAACCCAUCAGAAAACACUCAGUCUGAUGUUUGUGUCCGAGGCUGUGUUUACUAAACGGAGUUAGAAGGUCAGAGGAGUCAUUUCAGCUGUUCUCCUUUCAGAUGCACCGUCUGCAGUUACUUCUUCCUCUGUGAGGACUGUUCAAAGGGCGGCUGCCACCAACAACACCCCUUGGCCGUUCGAACAGUAAGCUCUUUAAAUCCACUUUAAAUUUUUUAAUUUUUUCAAAUCAAUAAAUAUGUUUUUUCAUUUUUCUUAAUUGUUUUCAAUUUAUUUUUUAAGGUUUUUAUUUUUAAUUUUCUUUUUUUUUUAAUAGUUUUCAAAUUUUAAUUUUUUAAUUUUAUUUUUAUUUUUUUCAAUUAAUUUUGAAUUGAUUUAUUUUUUAAAUUUUUCAAAUUGAUUAUCUUUUUUUUAUUUAUUAUUCUAUAUUAUUUAUUUAUUUUUAUUUUCUAUGUCUAGUGAAGCACUUUGGUUCACUGAAAGCGUUGUUGUAAAGAGCUGUAUGAUUAAACAACAUUUACAUUUAAAAGCACCACAGGAACAAAAUGAAAACAGAGUUAAACUAAAAAACAAACAUGAUGACACUUUGACAGAAAAGGAAAGAGAAGUGGCUGAUGGAGGAAGAGAACGGCAGUGAUGGAAACUCUCCGGCUGAUCUGUGAGUCACUGAGUGCACCUUUAAAACAUGACUUCAGAUUUUCAGCCUCGUUAAACUCUUUUUAUUCACUUUACUGUCUGUUUAACUCAGACUCAACUCUGUGGCUGCAGACCCUCUCCCUGAGAGAGUCCUGGUCUGUCUGCCCUCGGUCAGGGUGAGACCCUGGUCACGACUCUUAGAUGUGGGACUUCAGUGUCGGAUCUGUCUGCAGGACUUUAACCUGGGCCAGCAUGUCCGGACUCUUCCGUGCCAACACAAGGUAAGUAGAUGGUAUUGAUUUUUAUCUGACCUGAUAACGAAUCUGCAAACAUCAGAACUGAAGGAUGUUCACUGCAAAAAAAAGCAGGCUGAUCUUGAAACAAGGCUUACUGAAUCUGAAAACAAGAUUCCUUUGGAUGAGACUAGAACUGAUUUGAACAGUUAUGUUUCUCAUGUGAAGAUUUCCUGACUAUUGGAGACAAACAGAAGAGAAGGCUGUGUUGGAGAGAAGAUUACAGUGGAAACUUAAAGACUUUGACUCUGAAAACAGGAGAAAUGAUCCAACACUUCUGGAUCUAAGUUUAGUUUUGUCUUGGUAAAUCAUUUGCGGUGUUUUUACUCGGCAGACAUCAGAAGGAUCAGAACUUGAUCACAGGAAUUCACAGACUUGUUUCCAACAUUUCCAGCUGCCCUCACCUCCCAAAUCUGUCCCUCUGAUUCAGUGCAGUCCACUUCUCUGAGUUCAUCUCCACAGACCUGCUGAGAUGAUUGAACAUCAUGAUUUAAACAGACUCCCUCCUCUCUCUCACCCCCUCACCCUCUCAUAUUCACUCACUUCAGUUUCACUCAGACUGUGUGGACACGAUCCUGAGGAAAUCCAGCUGCUGUCCUCUGGAUGGAUUCAUCGUUUACGACCCCCUGACUUGGAGGAUCACCGACAGGAAGUCCCCCUCUAAGCCGGCCUCCUGUCUUCACGGUGAACGUGCAAAACCAGCUGAAAACAAACUGCAGGACCUGUUUGUUCCUGGAGUGGGUCUGAGAAACUCAAACGCUCAGGUCCCUCCUUCACAGGUGGUGAUUCUGGACCCAUCCAAGAACUUCCCUGUGGAUGAAGGUAGGUCACAGGGAGAAUAAAGCUCCUCUCCAAGUAAAUCCACCUCCAAAACCGAACACAGACCUGCAGAGAUGAACAUCAGAGAGCAAACACAGCCGAGACUUUCUGGAUUCAAGUCGCCAGGGUCAGACCGAACAGGACCUGAAACCCAAAAACAGCCCCAGAGCCAGCGGUGAAGAUCCAAACAGACCAGAGCUGAGGAUGAGCGGAGUCCAGAUCUGCACAGGGCUGCAGAGACACACCGACACUUAGAGAGCAACAUUAUUAAAACUGAAUUUAAGAGGGUCUUUGUCUGUGAACGUAAACUCCAAUUAAACAAUUAUAAUAUAGACCGGUGCAAGAAAAACUAUGUGAACCCUUUGGGAUUACUUGGAUUUCUGCUUAAAAUGUGUUUCUGAUCUUCAUCAAAGUCACAAAAACAGACAAUCAUAGCCUGAUGUGAACCAUACCUCGCCCUAAAGAAGUUCUCAGAGGACCCUAAAGAAGUUCUCAGAGGACCUACGAUCAAGAAGAAGACUUACAUGAAGCUGGAAAGGGUUAAAAAAGUUUCUCUAAAAGCAUCGAUGUUCAUGUGUCUACGGUCUAUAAAUGGAGAAAGUUCAGCUCUGUUGUAUGGAAGUCAAACUGUGCCAUCUGAUUUUGAAUUUCUAAAGUUGAUUUUUUUUGCAUUAAAAUCAGACUUUGAAUUCGGAAACUAUUGAAUUUCAAGCACG